AUGGCGCCUCCAGAUUUUGCCCCGUCUGAGGAAGUGCCUUUCAACGUCAGGGCGGACUCGCGAGCGUACACAGCGUUCAUAACGACUCUCCAGGACGCUCUAGCGGGCACCAAUCCUGCCAGGGUGCGAGACCGCCCCGUGUUGGCCGAGCAGACCGGCGAGACCAAGCAGCCGCCGAAAUGGAUCCACGUCGUGCUCAAUGGCGACGACGGCGCGGCACCCAAGGUGGCCAUCCGGAGCGACAACGCCUACAUCGUUGCUUCGCCAACCGGCCCAAGGGAAGCACUGAAGACGUAUGGUUCCAGCUCAGCCCGAAGGACUGCAAGCAGCCUCUUCAAGGGCGCGAAGAUGCUCGGCUUCGAUGGCCAAUACAAGACGCUGGUCGGCGCCCUGGGCGUCAAAGGUCUGCCCAAAUGCAUUACCUAG